AGACCCCUCAUCGCAGCAACGCUUCACGCUACGACGUGGCGUCAGCUGUCAACAAGUGACAUGGCGAUAGAAGAAUGGCAUGUAACGCUACUGGGUCAUAAAAGGAUGGAACAAAAGAAUUAUUAAAAAAUGAUCAGAAGGCUUUGAGUGUACCAGUACGACAUUUAUUCUUAUUCUAAUUAUUUAUAUAUUUUCCUAAGUUCCUAAAUCUAAAACUUAUUCUACCGUGCAAUUAUAAAACCUAAAUAUAGAACUAGUUAUUAAACUAGCAUUGUAGUCAGCGCAGUUAAAAGGGUAAUUUAAGCCAUACCACUUCCAGAAGUUUCUUACACCAAAUUUGUAAGUUUAGGGGAACAAAAUAAUGUUAUGGCUAUGCUAAAAUAAAUAAUUAUUUGCAGCUUAAAGCUCACAUACUAAAAACGUGGUGCUCAAUUAGAGUUGGUGACCCUAACCCAACAUUUCUUUAAGAAAUUUGUUCGGGUAUCGGAAGUAUGGCAGAUCAAAAUUCCCCUCGGAACUGCCAAUCCUGUGAACGAACGGAUUCGGCAGAAUGCGAAAUGGUCCAGUGUGACUUCUGCAAGCUGUGGGAGCACUUUGGAUGCGCCGGUGUGGACGAGCAAAUCCGACAGCCAAGCGCUAGAUAUGCGUGUAAGCAGUGCUCAAAACCUGGACAAUCCAGCAAAGAUCAUCUGCAAAUUCCAGGGAUCGGAACACGUUCUACAAAAGGAUCCAAGGCGGGUUCAAAGGUAGGCUCCAAGAAAGGAAAGAAGAACCCAGACCCACCAGAUAGCGUGACCUCCAGUGUAAGGGCUGUAUUGUUGUCAGAGCAGCUUAAACUCAUCGAAGAAGAGAAAACGAUGAAGGAACAAGCCCUGUUGGAAGAAGAAGGGAUCAGGAAACGGUUAUUAGAAGAGGAAGAGCGUCAGCUGGAAGAAAAGAAUCGCCUCCGUGGCCGUAAACUGCAAGAGGAGUUGGAGAUGAAGCGUAAGCAGCAGCAGAUAAAAAAAGAAUCCUUUGAGAAGCGGCAGAGUAUCAUUCGGCAGAUGGCAGAAGCGAGCAGUAGAAGUGGAUCGGUCGUAAAUUCCGACCAGAAGGUGAAAGACUGGCUAGACGGUCAAAACCCUGGAAGAUCAGAUGGAAAUGUACAAGGGAAUUCAAACAUACCCCUUACAAACCCGAAUCCUGAAGACCCAGAACAUCCGCUAACGGUAGUUCCUCAGAAUCCUAUUCAACCAACGCUUCCGGACAUGUCGUUACCACAGGUGCCACCCCCUUCACCUCCGGUCGUAGGUCCUCUACAGAGUCUUCUCGCUUCAUUGCCCAACCCAUCUGUUCCAAUCGGAGUACCCUCUACUGCACCAGUUCAACUGAGUAACCCGGUUCCAAUACCGCAACCGGCGUCGACAGUUCCUGUUACCUCGAUUCGAACACUAUCGCAAACUCAAAUCGCUGCGAGACAGGUACUAGGAAAGGACCUGCCUGUUUUCUGCGGAAACCCAGAGGAUUGGCCCAUUUUUAUUAGUAACUUCGAACAGUCAACAACCACCUGCGGUUACUCGGACGCAGAAAAUCUCGUUCGACUUCAGCGGUGUUUAAAAGGGAACGCUUUAGAAUCGGUGAAAAGCCGAUUGCUCCUGCCAGCUAGUGUACCGCACGUCAUUCAGACCCUGCGUACGCUCUUCGGGAGACCGGAUCUUCUCAUCAGAUCGAUGAUGAAUAAAAUCCAACAAGUUCCGGCACCCAGACACGAUCGGUUGGAGACUGUUAUGCAUUUCGGCAUAGCAGUGCAGAAUUUGGUUGACCAUCUCAAAGCAGCGCAGCAGUUUAAUCAUCUAACGAAUCCGGUACUCCUUCAGGAGUUAGUGGAAAAACUGCCAGGCUCAUUACGACUCGAUUGGGCAGUCUACAAAACCCAUCGUCAACCCGUAACACUCGACACCUUCGGGAAAUUCAUGUCGGGUUUGGUGACAGCAGCAAGCGAAGUUUCCUACACCGUGCCGGGAUUCAGCGUUCAGAAACACACCACAAAUUAUGAAAGCAGAACCAUCAAACCGAAGGGUGGAAAUACUGGUAUAAUUCAAGCUCAUCUUGCAGAGAAAACUCCAGCGUCUACGUCCAGCAGCACUCCAGCUAGCACGAAACCCGGCAAGGUAUGCCUCUCGUGUGGUCGUGCGGGCCAUCGUGUGUCUGAGUGCCAUCAGUUCAAUGGUGCCAGUGUAGAUGAACGCUGGAAGUUAGUUAAGCAGAAGGCCCUCUGCAGAACAUGCCUGAAUAAUCACGGCAAGUGGCCUUGUCGUUCUUGGAAAGGGUGCGAGGUUGACGGAUGCCGUCAGAAGCAUCAUACACUUUUACACUCGUCUUCUUCUUUCGAGCAAAUAAACGUUUCAUCCAGCCACGUUACUUCCGGUGAAUCCCAGUGGCCACUCUUCCGCAUUCUUCCUGUCAUUUUAUAUGGCAACAAUUCCUCGCAAAUUAUAUUUGCCUUUAUUGACGAGGGUUCGUCGUAUACUCUACUGGACGAAACCGUUGCGAAAGAACUGUGUGUCAAUGGGAAGACAGAAGCACUUACUUUGAAGUGGACGGGAAAUGUUACACGAGUCGAGCCAAAAUCACAAUGCGUGCAGCUCGACAUCUCCGGUAAAAAUAUUAGCUCCCGAUACACCCUUUCCAAUGUUCGUACGGUGAGUCGUCUCGUGCUUCCUACGCAAAGUAUAAAGUAUCAGGACCUAGCAAAUCGUUUUCCUCAUUUGCGUGGGCUCCCGCUUAGUGACUAUGAGUUGGUCGAGCCCAAAUUAUUGAUUGGUCUAGAUAACUUGAGGUUAUGCGUGCCUCUGAAACUACGUGAAGGAGGACCCUCCCAUCCUAUUGGAGCGAAAUGUCGAUUGGGGUGGAGCAUUUAUGGGUAUGUUCCAAAUCAAGCAACGAAUUCGAUGAUUAUCGGGUUCCACGUUGGAACAGUCUCGGAUCGUGAUCGUGAGUUGAAUCAACAGCUUCGAGACUACUUCACACUGGAGGAUGCUGGAGUUGCUGAGGCGCAUCAAGUUCAUGAGUCGAAGGACGAGCAACGUGCAAUACAACUGCUACGAGAGACAACACGACGCACAGCAGAUGGAUCGAAAUUCGAAACCGGUCUGCUAUGGAGUACUGAUGAACCAAACUUUCCAGACAGUUACCCCAUGGCCGUCCGUCGUCUGGAGUCUCUAGAACGUCGUCUUCAACGAGAUCCAGAACUGAAGGAGCGCGUACAUGAACAGAUCUUGGAUUACGAAAGCAAAGGAUAUGCACAUCGAGCGAGCUUGGCCGAAUUGACUUCUGUUGAGGCUAACCGUGUGUGGUAUCUUCCUCUAGGCGUCGUGACAAACCCUCGGAAGCCCGGUAAAGUACGCCUAAUCUGGGAUGCGGCAGCUAAAGUGGGGUGAGUCUCAUUCAACUCCCGACUCCUGAAGGGACCUGACCUACUGGCGCCACUUGCAAUGGUCUUAUGUCAGUUCCGCCAAUACCCUGUGGCUGUAAGUGGUGACGUCAUGGAAAUGUUCCACCAGAUUAAAAUUCGUUCUCCUGAUUGUCAAUCACAACGCUUCAUAUUCCGAAAUCGACCAGUAGAUCAACCUCAAGUUUACGUCAUGGACGUAGCCACAUUUGGAUCAUCCUGCUCCCCGGCGUCAGCGCAGUACGUCAAAAAUUUCAACGCAGAUGAGUUCGCCAGUGAGUAUCCGAGAGCCGCAGUAGCCAUCAAGAACAAACAUUAUGUUG